ACAAUCCUAGUCGAAUAUAAACUAGUAGGAGUGGAUGACUGACACAGGCGAGACCUCUGCUAAAAGCUUCCAGAAUUGGAAACCAAGGGUGGAUGAAGUGGGGCGGGGCUGCCAGUAGGAACAGUGGCGGGUGCCUUGACCACGGGGAGCCUGCGGUGGGAAUAUCGGGGUGGUCAAUGACGGCUACAGUUAAAACGAGUAGGGAUUGUUCAUGGCCGGACCACGAGAGGGGAAGAGUACAUCGCUCGCUAGCAGAGGAAAGGGUAGAAACAGGUAAGGCAAUGCUGGGAAUAUGGAGUGGAGAGCAGGUAGCAAGUGUUUCUUGCCUCGUCUUGGACCUAGAGAGGCUGAGGCUAAGGUCGACAUGGAUGCCAGAAAAUUUGGGGAGCGACAGAGAAUGUUGUAGAAGAAUAUGUAAACCAAAGAGAACACACGCAAGGACAAAGAAACUGUUGAUAUCGGCCUGCCUCGACAGCAGAUACCGAAGACCGCACGGAUCACGGGUCGCGCUCGUUCCUCACCUAGGACUGGAAUUAUAUCUCAGCAGAGGACUACCCACUUUCUGUUUUAUCCACAUCCUUCGUCACAGUAUGCGGUUUCUUGUGUCAAGUAACCGUAUUUGUAUACUUGUAAGUCAACUGCUUGCAGAAGUUACAAUACUGAGUCCCAACUCUCAGAGCAGUGGAUCGGAGCAGAACAUACAUACCCUUCACAUUUGACCACCAAGCCGUCACAACAGCCAGUGUACCAGGGUGGUCUGGCGCCGU